AGUGAGUGAGGGAGAGAAAGAGAGAGAGAGUGUGUGUGUGUGUGUGUGCGCGUGAAGAGGAGGAAGGCAGGGCUUCAUGAGAUGCGAAGAACUGCGUGGGCACCAGGGAUAUUCCUAGACGCCACAGCUGGUCUGGCACUCCUUGUGUUGGACUCCUCCAGAGGUAUUUGGUUGUGAUCCAUUUUCUGACCCCAGCAAAGGCAAAGGGCCUCCGUCAGGGGCGUGCGGCCGGACCAGCUAUAUUGACGCUGUCAGUGCAUGAUACGCCUGGACGACCCAUGGAGCCUGGAGGGCGGGAUGGCCAGACAUUCAGGGAGGAAAUUACAUUUUCUUCUCUCCCACUGGAAUUAUCAUUAGCCUUUUCCCCCGCUCCUCUUCCACUUCAGAACCCAUCUCAUCUCUGUCUCUGUCUUACUUCGCUGGUCUGUCAGUUGCCUGCCUCCCCAUCGCACAGUAUGGUGCAAGACUUGGAGUGACAUCCUAUAAUCUGAGCACCACAGCUGGCUUCACCAUACCCCCGUAUCCCCACAUCACCAGCGAGGCUGCCGCUGCUCAUUUAUUCACAGAUUUUACUGUUGCUAUGGAGGCUGGUUGAGCAGGUAAUAAUUCAGACAUUUGUUUCUUGUUGUGUUUUUGCCGGUUUCUUUGCCGGUAUCUUUGAAUACUAGUGAAUACUAGAAUUUUAAGAGCAUUUCAAAGAGAUCCCUUUAAUGAGAAGGAAUUCAGCAUGUGUGCCUCACUCUGUCUGUGGACUAAGAAAACUGAAGAGUAAAUGAUCUCACAUAGAAGACAACAUUGAUCAACUGUGACAACAUUGAUCUUGCAGUCAUCAUUCUGUGUUUGCUAGAGGAAUGUGGCAUUGUAGUGGCCAGAUAAAAGGAAGUAUCUGACAUUGACAGAUGAGAUUCAGCAAAAGCAUUUGGAGUUGCAGAGAACUGUGAGAAUGUACAUGUGUUUACUGGAAUCAGCUUGACUGAAACUUCCUCCUGGAAAGCAUUCCCCACUCCAUCUCUCGAGCCUUGGAGAAGUGUCUUACUAGAGAGAAUAGAAUCAAUCAUAUUGAUGCAGUGUCUAGAUUUAGCUGUCUAUGGUCUGUUUUCCAUGCUCUGAACUCAUGAGUCAAGGCGAUACAUUGCAACAGCGGACCACCUACCUCAUCUCUGUCACCCUGGUGAAGGUAGAGGCGGUCGAGGAGCAUGGCGCAAGACAAACCAGACCGACUGCUCAUGUGGGGAGUGAAAUUGGCCAGAAGAGACCUGGAGCAUUGGUGGAUGAGGGGGAGCUUCCCCAGAGGCAGGAUGCAGAGGAGGCGGCAGAGCAGGGGGCUGGGAAAUGCAUCAAACUGAAGGAAGGGGAGCGAGUCCCCUCUACCAGCCUGCAGGUCACCAAUACCAACAAAAAUGGAAGGAGUGAAGGAACAGGAACGCCAGCUAUCAGAGAUGAUCAACCCUUCCACUUAGCGGACAUGGGGGCAUCUGCCAAUAACACAGAGAGUGACACCUCAGAGAGCAUUAGCCAGGGGCCAACCUCUCUGGAGAAGUCCCACUGCAGGACCGUCGGCGGCCCAGAGCUCAGGGAGACGAGGAAGAGCCGCUCCUCCAAGAGCCUGAACUGUGAGGACAGGGGGGUCCGAGUGAGUUUCCCCACCAGUGCAUCUGAGGACACCGGGUCAUUCGUGGGGCCUCACAGAGCCUCCUGGAAUGAGAGUGGAAACGGAGCGUUUAGAGAGAGCAGCAGAAACGAGGGUAGUAAUGUAUCUGCUCUGGCGUACGGCAAUGCAGAGGAAACCCGAGGAAACCUCCCCAGGCCACAGAAGCUGAAGAUGGGCUCGGUGUCUUUGCCAGGACCCAACACUCAGGCCUCCAAGACCCUGAGGAAGGGCAAGAAGAGCCACACCCUGGACAAUAGUGACCUGCGAUGCUUAUCUGAGGAGCUCUUCCAGGGCCAGGCAGCCACACAUUCACAAGCAGCCCAGUCCAAUAAAGCCUCAGCCCGAGACCACAAGAUGCUGAAGUUUAUUAGCGGUAUUUUCAGCAAGAGCAACCCUUCCACUGCCCCUCCAAAGCAGAGCUCUAUGCAGAGAGACUCUAGUGAAGAGGAAGUGGCCUGUGCCAACAGUCAAGAAUGGACUUUAAAUCGCUCCAUUCCAGAACUGCAUUUGGGUCUGUUGGGAGGUCUACGGAGUGGCAAAUCUGCACUGGUCAACAGGUACAUCACUCGCAGCUACGUUCCCAUGGAAUGCCCCGAAGGAGGGAGGUACAAAAAGGAGGUAUUGGUGGAUGGACAGAGUUACCUUUUACUAAUCAGAGAGGAGCCUGGGCUGCCUGAUGCACAGUUCACCAACUGGGUGGAUGCGGUCGUCUUUGUGUUUAGUUUGGAGAAUGAAGCAAGCUUCCAAGAAGUGUACAAGGACUUCAGUGAACUCAGCUCCCACCGAAGCACUGUUGAUAUUCCACUGAUAAUAGUGGGCACCCAAGACAAGAUAAGUAGCACUAACCCUCGCGUGAUCGAGGAUAGCCGCGCUCGUCAACUGUCUGUGGAUGUGAAGCGCUCAGUGUAUUACGAGACCUGUGCCACAUAUGGCCUCAAUGUGGACAGAGUCUUCACAGAGGCUGCUCAGAAGAUUGUUGCAGCAAAAAAGCAAGCAGCCCUCCUAGCUGCCAGCAAAUCCCUUCCAAACUCCCCCUGUCAUUCUGCAGACUCGACAUCUGUGCCAGGACCCUACCACGGACAGGCCAGUAAUGGAGGUCAGAGUAGUGACGUCUCCUCCUCCCUGCCCUCCACUCCUGUGGUCGGCCAUAGAGAGCUGCGGGGAGGAGGCUCUCAGAGAAAUAUCCCUCGUCGACGGACAUCCCUAUUUGGGAAUCGCAGAGGGAGUGAUUCCGAAAAGAAAACACCUGACAACAGGGCUGAAGUACCUGGCAUACGCUCAGCUGCCAUCAAACAGGGCAUACUCUGGAAACGCAGUGGAAGUUCACUGAACAAGGAUUGGAAGAAAAAGUUUGUUACGUUGUCUAACAAUGGCAUUCUGUAUUACCAUUCAAAUCAAAAUGACUACACACAGAAUGUGCAUGGCAAAGAGAUCAAUUUGUUGCGUGUGACGGUCAAAGUCCCAGGCAAGCGCCCCCCUCGUGCUAUGUCUCAUGGUGGCUCGACGUCUGGCCUGAAUGGAGUACCCAAGGAUGGACUGGCCUCUGAAGGGACCACACCAGCUGCCUCCUUAAGCCCAGUCAGCCUGCUGCCUGUGGAUGAGGGAGCCGGAGUGGUCAAUUCCCCUGUGCGAGAGACUGGACUUCGACGGUGCUCUUCAACACUGUCAAAUAAGAACUUUCACUCAGACGCUGACGGAAUGACCAACCUUGCUUCAAAAGAACAGGUCCCAGCCUCCCCAAUGACCAGCAGGAAAAAGCCCACAAGAAAAAAAAGCAUGAACCCCAAAGGUGAUGCAGCCAUGGGUCAGGCUGAGGAGGAGGACAAUGCCGACUUCAUAAUAGUAUCAAGCACAGGACAAACCUGGCACUUUGAAGCCUCAAGUCAAGACGAGAGAGAUGCCUGGGUCCAAGCCAUUGAGAGUCAGAUCCUUGCCUGUCUGCAAGGCUGUGAGAGCAACAGGCAUAAGGCUCGCCGCAACAGCCAGAGUGAAUUGGCCCUGCAAGCGAUCCGUAAUGCUAAAGGCAACAAUCUCUGUGUUGACUGUGGGGCACCAAAUCCAACAUGGGCAAGUCUUAACCUGGGAGCACUGAUCUGUAUUGAGUGCUCAGGUAUCCAUAGGAACCUGGGGACCCACCUGUCCCGUGUCCGCUCUCUGGACCUGGAUGACCUGUCCCCUGAGCUCUCCCAAGUGCUAAGAGCUAUUGGGAACCACAUGGCAAACAAUGUCUGGGAGAGCUGUACCCAGGGGCGACAGAAGCCAACGCCAGAGGCCUCAAGGGAGGAGAGGGAGACAUGGAUCCGAGCCAAGUAUGAGCAGCGUGUCUUCGUAGCGCCCCUGCCUGCCCAGGCUGAGGACAGCAGGGGUUCCAUGCCAGACUGGCUGCUCUGUGCAGUGGUCGAGAGGGACCUCCCCCGCCUACUGCUGCUCCUUGCCCACAGCAACAAGGAGCUGAUCAAUGCCCCGCUGGCUAAGGCUUCUCCACAGCCACGCACAGCCCUACAUGCUGCUUGCAAUCUUGGGGAUGUGGUGAUGACCCAACUGCUGGUCUGGUACGGCAUUGAUGUAAAGGCAAGAGGUCCACAAGGCCAGACAGCUUUGGCCAUGGCUCGAAACACAGGGAGCAGAGAGUGUGCUCAGAUCCUGCUGCAAUACGGUUGUCCCAAUGAACUCUCUCCCACCCUGUCUACACCUAGCCUCUCCCGAAAAAGUAGCAUAACCAGUUUGGGACGAGCCAACUCGACCAGGAGAAGGGAUAACUUCUGAUGUCUUAAAUACAGAGACAUGGAUACAACAUAUACAUCUAGAAUACUUCAAGAAUUAAUUGUAAAAAGAGAAUUUGCUGAAAAAGUGUGUGUGUGUGACUGAGAGAGGGGGGGGGGGGGGGUGAAUUCCUCUGUGGUCAUCACUGAAAUCUACAAGGACCAUUUCAAAUAACUGAUAUCAAUGUAACCAACAAAAGGAUUUUUCAGAGACUGAUCAGUGUAAUAUCAAUGUUAUCACUAUGUGUGCAAAAGCUGUUUUUCGUAUUCUGCAUCAAUAUUAGUACAAAAUGUUUGCAUUUCAAGAAUAAUCAAGUACUCAAUAUUUUUA